UCUUUGUGAGUCAAAUCUUUCUAAUUUUUAAUUUCGGCUUUCGGGUUGAAAAAUGAUCCGUUAACUUAUUCUUCAGCUGUACAUUUUCCCGUCUUGAACUUCCGAUAUCUUUCUUGGUUUUCUUUGCCUCUGCUUUCCUGUUGUCCAAACACCAAAACAUGGGGAUUUCAUGGAGCAACAGAAGGAGAAACAACUAUCUACAAAAUCGGCCGCCGCCGCCACCGCCACCGCCGCCGCCUCAACUCCUCUCUUCUUCUUACUAUUACCCUUCGGAACCACCCUCUCUCCCUCCACCUCCUCCUCCUUCAAAUCCUUCGCUUCCUCAGCCGCACAACUAUGCUUUUACUUCCAAUCCACCUUAUCCUCCACCCCCAUACCCACCCCACAACCUUUAUCCUGCGCAUCCCCCUCCAAUCUACUCUUCCUCCUACUACUGCUCUGGUCCCUACAAUUCCUGCAAUUAUGCCAACCCCAUGAUGGCUCGAUCCAAUUACCAGCCUUACUACGCUAAUCACGGCAAUUACUGGCCUCCAAUUCGGCCUCCAGUGGCGGCACCGCCGCCCCAGCAGCCGCCGCCCUAUGUUGAACAUCAGAAUGCUAAGAAGGUCAGGAAUGAUGUGAAUGUGCAUAAGGAUACGUUGCGACUCGAGGUCGAUGAGCAGAACCCUGAUCAUUAUUUGGUUUCUUUUAUUUUCGAUGCCUUAUUUGAUGGAAGCAUCACCAUUUACUACUUUGCCAAGGAAGAGUCCAACUGUAGGUUUUCUCCACUAUUUCCUGAAGCCUAUAUGCCAGUGAGAAUCCCUUUUCAGAAAGGACCUGGCCAGAAAUUUCGUCAGCCUUCUGGAACUGGUAUUGACUUAGGCUUCUUUGAGUUGGAUGAUCUCUCGAAACCAUCACCUGGAGAAGAUGUAUUUCCUCUUGUCAUCUCUGCUGAAACAUCUCUCCCCCUUCAUCCAACUGAUGAACAUAGUGGUGAUCCUACGCCACGUACAUCCCCUCACAUGCAGAUUACUCAAGCUGUCCUAGAGAAGCACAAUGGGGACCCUUUCCAAGUGAGAGUAAUCAGACAGAUAUUGUGGGUCAAUGAGGUUCGCUAUGAGCUGCGUGAGAUAUAUGGAAUUGCAAGCUCAGCAUCAGAAGGCUUUAAUGACAAUGACUCUGGGAAGGAAUGUGUGAUUUGCAUGACUGAACCAAAGGAUACUGCUGUUUUACCUUGCCGACAUAUGUGUAUGUGCAGCGAGUGUGCAAAAGAAUUGAGGCUCCAGUCGAAUAAGUGCCCCAUAUGCCGUCAGCCCAUAGAGGAACUUAUAGAGAUUAAGAUUGAUAAUGAUCACUAGUUUUUCAUCCUGGGGAAGGAAGAAUGGGUAUAUAUUUAUUUAUUAAAAGGGGGACGAAGAACCAGUAGUGAGUAUGGAGAUUCAAAAAGCAAUAAAGAGAACUUUGAAGGCUAGUAGACUGGAUGAACAUUCUAAGGAAUUGCCCUUUUUCCUUUGUUCUGCUAGCAGCCAAAAAGUGUGGCUGAGAGAGAAUAUUUGCUAUCCAGAAAAAAGAAAAAAAAGCAAGGGAAUAUUUGCUAUAGAAGUUAGCAUUAUGAUUUACAGAUUAAGAAUCUCGAAAGCGUAAGUGGGGCCUUGAGAGGUUUUUUGCUUGACAGAAAAGGAUACUAGGCACUGCAAUAAUACUAAUCAUUCUUCGUAUCUCUUGAACUUCCACCCACAUAUAGCUUUGUUGAUGUGAAAUGGAAGAGAUAAUGCCACAUCAGAUUUGGGAGUUUUGUGCAGCUAGCUUCUCAAGGAAGAGUGGGACUGCUCUCCACUUUUACUAAUGCAGACUCUUGUAAAAAGUCAUGGCCUCUGCAAAUUGGGGUAUGCAAAUUGUUUCUUGAGAUCUGUUGAUGACUAAGUCAUUUUUGGGUAUUUCCAGCAUCUUUUUGUAGCUUCAUUUGCACUAUCAAUUAGUGUAUUGUGGUUGUAUCAUGAUCAUAUGGAAGGCAAAAAGGGUAUUGAGCUGCCAUUUGAAAUGUAGGGUAUUUUCAUAUUA